UCCCUCACCAAGCGCCAGCGCCAGAUCAUCCAAGCCUACGCAGACGACGUGGAGGGCCGCACACCCGACCUCUCCUUCCUCGACUCGAGCGCGAGGGCGGGCACGACGCCACCGCCCCACCCCGACAAGUUCAGCGACGGGGCGCCGCGCUCGCCGCCGCCUCCGCCUUCGCCGAAGACGGAGAAGCAGGAAAAGGCCAAGGCCGAAGACGUGCCGUUCGUCGAUCCGGCGCAGCACGAGGGCGUGGGCGACAAGGUCGCGCAUGCGAUCGGCGGCGCGAUCGGGUGGGCGGAGCGGCUGUUCGGGCGGCUGACGCGGGAGAAGGGCGACAAGGACAAGGACAAGUAG